CAAGACACGCCUGCAAGACAACAUUGUGGAAAAACUGGUGCACUGAAUCCUGUUUACGCCUCUCAUGCUAAUGCUAGCUACUUCAACCGCACUCCGCGAUCUGCUUUAUUCUUAAAAAUGAGCCAAUGUGACAUGCCACAACCUUAAACGUAACCUCCAACAGGCUUCCGGGAAACAAGCACCUCUCAACACCAACCACAAUGUCAUGCCGCGACAUUCAUGCCACCAAUGCCUUCGCCUUCAUCAUCGCCUUUGUGUCUGUGGCCGGCUUGUCCGUGGCAGCGUUAGUCCCUCAGUGGCGCGUAACCCGACUGGUCACCUUCAAUCGCAACGCCAAGAACAUCAGCGUAUAUGACGGGCUGUGGACCAAGUGCGUCAAGCAGGAUGGCUAUUCGGGAUGCUACUACUAUGAUGCAGAGUGGUACUCCAAAGUGGACCAGCUGGACCUGAGGCUGCUGCAGUUCUGCGUGCCGGCGGCUCUGGCCUUCGGCUCUCUGGCCCUGCUGCUAUGCAUGGCCGGCAUGUGUAAAACCUGCUGCUGCUCCGACAAGCCCGAUCCGGACAUCAAGAGCAUCCGCUUCUUGGUGAACAGUGCCGGCUGCCACCUGGUGGCGGGCGCUUUUCUCUUCCUGGGCGGCGGCGUUGCCAUCGCGCCCUCCGUGUGGUUCCUGUUCGGCACCAAGGAGCUCAACAAGAGAUACGACGACAUAUUCUCGGACGGCUUUGCUCCGUACGUGUCCAUUGGCUGCUCCGGGGGGCUGAUGCUGGCCGCCCUGCUCAUGUUCAUGUGGUACUGCAUGUGUAAGAAGUUGCCCUCGCCCUUCUGGUUGCCCCUUUCCUCUAUGUCCACCUCCGCGUCCACCCAGCCGCUCACAGCCAACGGAUUCCCGCCGUCGCCGCUAUACGCUCCCCAAGCCUUGCCGCCUCAGGCCUAUCCUCCCACGGUGAUCGACGCGCAGCACUACGUGCCCGCGCAGGGCUACAUUCAGAGCGUGGCUGCCCCUGCACCGGCGCAAGUGUACAUGUCUCAGAUUUCUGCUCCUGACGGUUACGGCUCAGAGGUGGGAGGAACUCAGGCCUACAGCUACGCACCUUCGCAUAGCUACGCGCCAUCUCAGACCUACGCGCCGUCACAGAGUUACACACCCAGCUACGCCGGCCGCCGCUACUCCACCCGCUCCCGCAUGUCCGCCAUUGAGAUUGACAUUCCCGUGGUGACACAAAUGGACGGUUUUUGACUUUGGAGGUACCACGAUUUGUCAGGAGUCUAUGGAAGAGGCAGACGUUUCCCCUCCCCUUUUACACUGGAUGCCAAUUGUUCUGCUGUUACAUUGAAUGUUGAAGAAUCACUUCAGGAGGAAGGUGCUCGUCAUCACUACUCAAAUACUUCAGACGGACUUAAGUUUUUGCGACGUAAAUCGUUCGUUCAUCGUGAUGUUGGAGAGCAAUGCACUAAUCCUGAGUACUAACGUUGAGUACAUACUGUGCCAGUUUACACCUUUGAUACUUUUUUUUUUUGUUCUGUGAUGUGUUACUUACUGGAUGAAAGCUAAUUGCAACGUCCAAAUGUAUGAAAUGAUACUGUAUGGAAGGAGCUGUUUGGCUUAAAAUGUAGCAGCGGUAGAACUUAAUGAAGUUUGAAACAUUCCUAAACAGAUUUUGUCUAUGUAUUCCUUUGUAUAGUGAUUAUAUCAGCACAUGAUAGCAUUUCUUUUCUGUCAUUUUUAUUUUGUGAUACACUGAAGUCAAUGAGAAAUGUUUUUCUACACUUACUUUUGUUUCCUCCUAUUAAACACAAACUGUUCUUGGGAUUGUA